GCAGCCAUUGCACAGCCGAGCAUCCCACAUUCAACAGGAGGAACCCGCGGGAGAGGAGCCUGAGCCCCCCGCGCCGCAGCCGCCGCAGCCCGUGCGCCCCGCGCCCCAGUGUGCCAUGGCCAAGGAAGGCGUAGAGAAGGCGGAGGAGACGGAGCAAAUGAUCGAGAAGGAGGCAGGCAAGGAGCCCGCUGAGGGCGGCGGCGGCGGCUCUCACCGCCUCGGGGACGCCCAGGAGAUGCGCGCUGUGGUGCUGGCCGGCUUCGGGGGGCUCAACAAGCUGCGGGUCACCAGGAAGGCCAUGCCCGAGCCGCAGGACGGCGAGCUCAAGAUCCGCGUCAAAGCCUGUGGUUUAAACUUCAUUGACUUGAUGGUGCGACAGGGGAACAUCGACAACCCUCCCAAGACUCCCCUGGUGCCAGGAUUUGAGUGUUCUGGGAUUGUUGAAGCUCUGGGGGACAGCGUGAAAGGAUACGAGAUCGGUGACCGUGUCAUGGCAUUUGUCAAUUACAAUGCCUGGGCAGAGGUGGUCUGCACGCCGGUGGAAUUUGUCUACAAGAUCCCAGACGACAUGAGCUUCUCGGAGGCUGCUGCAUUCCCCAUGAACUUCGUCACAGCCUAUAUGAUGCUCUUUGAAGUUGCCAACCUCCGAGAAGGAAUGUCUGUGCUCGUGCACUCUGCUGGCGGCGGCGUGGGCCAAGCUGUGGCUCAGCUGUGUUCCACUAUCCCCAAUGUGACUGUCUUUGGAACAGCUUCUACUUUCAAGCAUGAAGCAAUCAAAGAAUCCAUGACCCACCUCUUUGACAGAAAUGCAGACUAUGUGCAGGAAGUGAAAAGAAUCUCUCCUGAAGGAGUGGACAUUGUUUUGGAUUGCCUCUGUGGGGAUAACACUGGAAAAGGUCUCAGCCUUCUCAAACCACUGGGAACCUAUAUUUUAUAUGGUUCAUCCAACAUGGUGACUGGAGAGACCAAGAGCUUCUUUAGCUUUGCAAAAUCAUGGUGGCAGGUCGAGAAGGUGAACCCCAUCAAGCUCUACGAAGAGAACAAAGUCAUCGCGGGAUUUUCCCUUUUAAAUCUGCUCUUCAAACAGGGCCGUGCAGGCCUCAUUCGAGGAGUGGUGGACAAACUCAUUGGGCUCUAUAACCACAAGAAGAUCAAGCCCGUGGUAGACUCCCUUUGGGCCCUGGAGGAGGUGAAGGAGGCCAUGCAGCGGAUCCACGACCGGGGGAACAUCGGCAAAUUAAUUCUGGAUGUAGAGAAGACCCCGACUCCACUGAUGGCCAACGACAGCACAGAGACCAGCGAGGCGGGGGAGGAGGAGGAGGACCACGAGGGAGACAGCGAGAACAAGGAGCGGAUGCCCUUUAUCCAGUAACGCAGGACCCAGGCAGCAGGAUGUGAAGGAUGGUCUGGAACAAGACGAGCCGGUCGAGAAAGCUCUUCUGUACCCCAGUGAACAAAUGCUGUAGUCCACUGUGUGUUGUGUUUGUCUGCAGUCAGCUGAGCUAAAAGCUGUUGAUCACUGUUGUUUUUGAAAUUAAGUGCCAAGCCCAUUCCAUGCAGUAUUAUGUCCCUCCCUCAUCUGUGUAUCACACUCUCCCCCCUCUCCUACUUCAAAACCAUCCGUCUUUGGGUCCUUCUUGACAGUUCUAGAACAGCCUUGCAAAUUAAUACAAGCCCAGAGCCCAAAGCCUAUGAGACCAGACAUGGGCAGAGACAAGUUUGGGUUGAAAGGUGUUAUCAUAAAAGUACUGUCCAGAUCCUAGAAUUCUUCGGGCCAAUGACACUUUUUGCUGCCAGCCACCCGUGAUUCUGACAAGAGCACUUGCCAGUGUGGCUGGCAGAAGGAGGGUAGGCCGGGAGGUGCUUUUAUGAGCCCAUACGUUUAGGAUCUCUCCAAAUAGUACUUUCCCUCUCCCCAUUUGAGAGGCACCUUCCUUACAUCCAUUCAGUUGUUUAUUGGUCAAAAGGUUGAACCAUUCUCCUCUAGCAUCAGCCUCUGAUGCUUGAUCCCUUCACUGGUUCUUAACCAUCAAUACAGGAGUUUUCAGGAUAGAAGAUGGGUCAACAGCAUGAGUUUGAGCAUCAGCCACAGAGAUUUCCCCUCUGAAACCAAGUCUCACGAGCAAAAUCCCACCCCGGCCGCCCGCCAUAUAUAUUUUCUUUUAAUUCUAAGAAAACUCAUCACGUGUGGGACUAUUUCAGAAGUCAUUACUGAGAUUUGCCUAUGUUUGCACGCUUGCCAUGGGCAUUACCGAUUUUGCUCUUUUCAUUUCCAGGUAGUGAGCAGCUACCUUUACCAAGGAUCCCCCCAAGGAAGACCUCCCUGGUAGACCAUAUUAGGGAAAAAAAAAAAUCAAUGAGUAUCUCUUUUCUUGCCAAAGCAUGUUCUGACAUGUAACAAACUCUAGCGAUAAAAACGGUUGAUGUUCAGUAUCUGAUGCCAAAUGUGCAGUUCCUCUCCUCUAAAAUACAAAAUUAUGGUGCAGACUC